UUUUUUCUUUUAGGUGUUGGAAAAACAACAUUGAUCCAGAAAGCCAGUGAGAUUUUAAAGUCCUCUGCUGUGCCCGUUGAUGGAUUUUAUACAGAAGAAGUCAGACAGGGAGGGAGAAGAAUAGGAUUCGAUGUCGUCACGUUGUCUGGCACCCAGGGGCUCUUAUCUAGAGUUGGGUUAGAGCCUCCACCUGGAAAACGUGAAUGCCGAGUUGGGCAGUAUGUGGUUGAUGUGACUUCUUUUGAACAGUUGGCGCUUCCUGUCUUGAGGAACGCGGCUUCCAGCAGGGGUCCAGGGCAGAGAGUGUGUGUCAUCGAUGAGAUUGGGAAAAUGGAACUCUUCAGUCAGCCUUUCAUUCAAGCUGUUCGUCAGACGCUGUCCACACCAGGGACCGUAAUCCUCGGCACAAUCCCAGUACCUAAAGGAAAACCGCUAGCCCUUGUGGAAGAAAUAAGAAACAGAGAUGACGUGAAGGUGUUUAAUGUCACCAAGGAAAACAGAAACCACCUUCUGUCGGACAUCGUGACGUGUAUUCAGAGCAGCAGGAAGUGAAGACACAUGCGCUCCUGCUUUGCUGCACGUGAGGGAAGUGCCUGGCUCACCAGGAGCCCAACAGGGACCCAGCCUGUGGAGGCUUUGUGCCCUUAGGGUUUUGAAACCCUGUAGGCUUUUCCGGGGAAGCUUGACAGCUGUUUUCCAUAAAAUGUUUAAAAGAUCAAAUUAGCCUUGCCGCCGGACUGACGGAGCAAGAGUAACAAUCCACUGUGGCGUAUUUAUGCUGAAAGAUUUGUUUAUUUCCUCCUGCAGUCGUGCGCAUGAUUUGGGUAAAUGAUGAGAUGAGGAAUGCUUUCCGAGUCAGAUGGAAUUUUCUCCCAUUGAAGUUCAUAAGUAUGUCCAGGGGAAGGGGAGAAGAGAGUUCACUACCUAAUCGGUUUUGCAUGCCAUGAAAAUUAAAGUCCUCUCCAGGUGCAGCUUUAGUCUCAUGUAACUUCAAGUGGUAGCAGUGGUUUGAUUUUUUUAAAUUCUUGCUUAAAAAGAAAACCAGUGUAGGUUCUCUUCCCCCAUCUCUCAUUGUUUGCUCGCUGCUAAUAAAUAGAACAGAAUUCUUGA